AUGACUCCCAUGCAGGGUCUGUGGUUGCUGAACAAGGUCCAGUCAGCGAAACAUACAGUACAUUUCGUCCCACAUCUCUACACCUGGUACCUUGCUCGCUCCAUCACCACACGCUUGCAGAGGGCUUCGGAUGAGAGCGCUGGCUGUGAAGGCCAAGCACUCCCGAAAGGGGUGUUGUGCCUUGCCUGUAUAUGUUGGUGGCCAGCCUGGCAAGGCUCUCCAAAGGAUGCCUUGUUUUGGGACAAUGAUGAUUAUGGGAGGAAAACUACAACCACGGUGUUAAUGGAGAUUGCUCUUUUCUCGUACGAUCCUGUAACCUGCCAGCCCCUCAAAGCAGCUGUCACAAACUGUCAUUCUCUCAAGAAUAAUAAUAAUUAUAAUAUCAAACAGUGA